UUCUGUCGACUAUUCCGUUCUGUAUUUUGUAGCCUCACAAAUUCAAGUCACAUAUGUAAACAGACCUCUUAUUUUUGAUUUAAUUUCCUUCCUUCAAAACAAAAAAUGCCCCAACACUGUCAAGUAUGUGGUGUUCCGUCGGCUCGAAUUCAUUUUGGCGGAGUCGUUUGCAGCGCAUGUUCGGCAUUUUUUCGUCGAACCGUUGUUCGUGGCCACGAGUACAGGUGUAAGCAGAUGGAAAAUUGUCUGAUUGUUUCGACAAUUCGAAACAUGUGCAAAAAGUGUCGAUACACAAAAUGCAUAUUAGUCGGAAUGAAACGCGAGAGUGUUCAAAAAUUUCGAGAUGUCUACGGAAAACGAGAGAUCACCGUGAAAAACUCCACAAAGACUGCUUCUCCAAUUUUAAAAGAUUUUGUGAAAAACUACGAGCAUCUUGAAAAUGUUCGACGGGUGAUUCAUCGAGACAAUUCGAGAAGUGUCUUUGCAAAGGAAGCUCCGAGGCCCGUGAAUUACAAAGAGGCUACGAAAGUUCUUCUCAAAGAGUUUAAGCUUGUUAAGGACUGGAUUAACAAUUCGUUCCGAGAGUUUUCAGAGCUUCCAGAUGAUCAGAAGACAACCCUGCUCCACAACUUCUACCUACAAUUCAUCAUCCUCGAAGGUGGCUAUUUCGCAUGUCAAUAUGGCAGAACAGACAUUACCUACCUACCAUCUGGUGAUUAUAUUGAUUGUGUGAAUCCAGAAACGUAUUAUCACGAUCCAGAUGGACAACAGCCAAUUUCCGAGGUAGAAGCUUCCAAAAUGUUCGCCAGCUCAUUCGACACUUACCGCCGCAAUGUGUACGAUCCAAUGAUCCGAAUUGCGUGUGACAAAUUCGAAUUUCUGGCUCUAACAGCCUUAACUCUAUUCGACACGGGGCUAGAAGGCCAGUCCGAUCAAUGCACAGAAUCAUGCAGAAGGAUUCGGGAAUCCGUGCAGCGGGAAGUUCUACAGUACUCCAAGCUGACGAGAUCAGAAUUAGAUUCGUCAAUUCGACUAGGGGAUAUAUUGUCAAUCCUACCGAAUUUACAGAGAGCCACUCAACGAUUCCAUGAAGAUAUGACAAUUUCGAAUGUGAUGAAUGCGUAUUCGGUGGACGAGAUAUUCUAUAACAUGGGUUUCAAGACCAGUUAGACUGUUUCAAAAACAAUGAAUUUUUU